UUGAAUGGUUGUAAUCAAAUCACACCCUGCCACGAUGUGUACUUGCCAUAUGUGAUGUGGCCUCGCGUGCCACUUCUAUGUACUGACGACAGCUGCGGCACAGCCUUCCCGCUGUCCGCAAAUUCACGCUCAUACUAUGAUUUCGCUUGUAAUGUUACCUGCAGGGCAGCCACGUGAUCAUGGCCAUGGCUCCUCUUAUGCGAAUGCGUGUCCACUACUCACCGCCGCUGCCUCCAAUGCGCAACCAGCUGCUGCAGCGAAUGCCUAUGGGUUCCGUGUGGAAGUGCCUCGUUUAUUACAAGGAUCCCUUCUGGAGGAAAAUCGGAUACUCCGCCUCCAUGUUGUUCACCUUGUCUGAAGACUGCCCCGUCGUGUACACAAUCGAUGACACAAAGCCGGACGGACAGUACUUGGGUUGCUGCCUGCCAGCAAGGCAAGGAGUCUGGUGAAUCUUUUGCCUGAGGAACGCAAAAAUAUGAUCAUCAAGGCGUACGCAGCUGCCAUGAAGACUGAUGAGGCCUUCAAUCCCAUUCACUACGAAGAGUACAACUGCGCAGGAGAGCAGUACGCGCGAGGCUGCUAUACUUGCAUGAUGCCGCCUGGAUUCCUCACCACUUUCAAGAAUUUAAUCAGAGAGCCCAUUGGGCGGCUUCACUUCGCCGGCACCGAGACGGCGAGUCAGUGGUCGGGCUACAUCAACGGUGCCAUCCAAGCUGGCGAGAGGGCUGCCAAGGAAGUUCUUCACUCACUAGGCUUGAUCGACGAGGAGCGGAUCUGGGAGCCCGAACCACCAGUCGAUGAUGUGAUCCCCGAGAUCCCGUUCACAGACACGUUCAUGGAGAAGCACUUGCCCUCUGUCAACGACUUCUUGUCGCUCGUUUGCUUCCUGGUUCCAGCAGUGGGUGCCACUGUCGGCUGUGCGCUGCUCUGUUACCGUCGGUAACGUCCCUAGAAAUAACUGAAGUAGCGCCAUUCGUUUCACUGUGCAGGCUCCUCCUCUCUACCCCAUGCAUGGUAGCCUUGGUAGUGCAAGCACCAUCUUGUCUGUCCUCAGUCGCAUGUUUUUUAUGCUUCCACGACAACACCAGCGAUGAGGGGGUGCUGCACGGGCUUACCCUUCACUGAGCCCCAAGAGAGGGUAUGCCUUAGUUCGUAGUUUCUUGCAGGACGCUGCAGGGGCGCUGAGCAGCUGCUGAGAGAGGAGGAAGAAGCAAGGGGUGGCGCUACUGUAGUUCUUUAGGAACUUUAACCGCAUGCCGUCCUUUAUGCAAUGACAAUGCAUCUGCUGCCAAAUAAUAUUCAUCUCAUCUCUCCAUUUGCUCAAGAAGGCCCGAAGAACAGUGAACGUCCUUUUGGCGAGCAGUUCACAAAAAGAUCGGGCAAACAAUCGCUUUAAUCAGCGGGAAAUUUACGUUUGUAACAUGGACAACCUGUUAGCGCAGACAACUUCACACUGCCAUAAAUACUUGGAUUACAAG